AUGCUGGGUAUCCAGGGCCGUGUUCAUGAUGGAGGAAUGCUUGGUAUCCAGGACCAUGUUCAUGAUGGAGGAAUGCUUGGUAUACAGGACCGUGUUCAUGAUGGAGGAAUGCUGGGUAUCCAGGACCGUGAUCAUGAUGGAGGAAUGCUUGGUAUACAGGACCGUGAUCAUGAUGGGGGAAUGCUGGGUAUACAGGACAGUGUUCAUGAUGGAGGAAUGCUGGGUAUACAGGACCAUGUUCAUGAUGGAGGAAUGCUUGGUAUCCAGGACCGUGUUCAUGAUGAAGGAAUGUUGGGUAUACAGGACAGUGUUCAUGAUGGAGGAAUGCUUGGUAUACAGGACCAUGUUCAUGAUGGAGGAAUGCUGGGUAUCCAGGACCGUGUUCAUGAUGGGGGAAUGCUGGGUAUACAGGACAGUGUUCAUGAUGGAGGAAUGCUGGGUAUACAGGACCAUGUUCAUGAUGGAGGAAUGCUGGGUAUCCAGGACAGUGUUCAUGAUGGAGGAAUGCUGGGUAUACAGGACAGUGUUUAUGAUGGAGGAAUGCUGGGUAUACAGGACUGUGUUCAUGAUGGAGGAAUGCUGGGUAUCCAGGACCGUGUUCAUAAUGGAGGAAUGCUGGGUAUCCAGGGCCGGGUUCAUGAUGAAGGAAUGCUGGGUAUACAGGACCGUGUUCAUGAUGGAGGAAUGCUGGGUAUCCAGGGCCGUGUUUAUGAUGGAGGAAUGCUGGGUAUCUGA